CCUCGCAGUCUCUAACAGAAUGGCAUUCAAGGUAUUAGCACUGGCCACCCUUGUGGUAGCCAUCGUCGCCCUUCCUGAUAGCCCACCUACAUAUGGCUACUCUGCUCCCACACCCUCUUAUGCACCUGCCAAGUACGACUUCAACUACGCCGUCAACGACCCACCAUCUGGCAACGACUUCGGACAUGAGGAAGCUCGUGAUGGAGACAACACACAGGGAUCCUACUAUGUCCUUCUUCCCGACGGUCGCCUCCAGAGGGUCACCUACAACGUGAACGGCGACUCCGGUUACUUGGCUGAUGUCACCUACGAGGGAGAAGCUCGGUACCCCACCCCAAAGGCAUCCUACGGCCCUCCCCAGCCUUCCUACAAGCCGCCCACCCCAUCCUAUGCUUAAGAUAUAGCAUCUCAGAUAGCUCUUGAAGUCGGGUCUUUGUAAAUAUUAUAUAUUAAAGUAGCAUACUUCAUCU